UUAAACUUUAAUAUCUGUUUGUUCAUUCGCUAGAAAGUUACAGAGAUACUGAGACCACAGACGUCUCUUUAACUUAAUCUAUGUAAGAUAUACCGGUUACAAUAUCAGGAAUCCACAAACUAUAACUAGCGAAGCAAAUAGAUGGCCAUGGAUAAGCCAGUUUGCCUCAUUGACACAGAGUCAGAUGGGAAGCUGUGUGUACAGGAGUCAGCGCUGGAGAUCCUGCUGAAGAUUGAGCAGCCGGUGGUGGUGGUGGCUGUGGUCGGUCUCUAUCGCACUGGGAAAUCCUACCUGAUGAAUCGACUCGCCGGGAAACAAACAGGGUUUGCACUGGGCAGCACAAUUGAGUCCAAGACAAAGGGCAUCUGGAUGUGGUGUGUUCCCCACCCCAAACAAAAAGAAACCACUCUGGUGUUGCUGGACACAGAGGGACUCGGAGAUGUCGACAAGGGAGACUCCAAGCAUGAUACCAAGAUUUUCUCUUUGGCUGUUCUUUUGAGUAGCACUAUAGUCCUGAACACCCGAGGAACUAUUGACAACAGGGCCAUAGAGGAACUGCAAUAUGUCACUGAACUAACUGAGUACAUCAAGAUCAAAUCACCUGAUGAAGUUGUAGAUGAUUCAGAGUUUGUGAAGUUCUUCCCCAGUUUUAUUUGGGCUGUGAGGGACUUUACUCUACAGCUGAACAUCAACGGCCAAGACACAACAGAGGAUGAAUAUCUGGAGUUUGCUCUGAAACUAAAGUUAGGUAUUUCAACUCAAGCAAAUAAUUACAACCUUCCAAGAGAGUGCAUUCGGAAAUAUUUCCCAUCACGAAAAUGUUUCACCUUCCCAUUCCCAACCAACCCGGAGAACGUCUCAUACCUGGAGACACUUGACCCAGCUGACAUUUCAAAACAUUUCUUGGAGGUCACUGAUCGUUUCAGCCAUUUCAUAUUUAAUCAGAGCCAAGUAAAACAUCUGAAAGAUGGACACAAGGUCACUGGUAGAGUUUUGGGUCAUCUUGCGAAAACAUACGUGGAGACCAUCUCUAGUGGGGCUGUGCCAUGUCUGGAGAACGCUGUGAUCGCUAUGGCCAUGAUUGAGAAUGAGGGUGCAUUGCAGGAGGGACUUGAGGUCUACAAGAGUGGAAUGGAGAAGCUGAGGAACUCUUUCCCUCUGGAACUGAAUGAAAUCAAUGCUGAACAUCAGUGUUUUAAUCUUAUGGCUACACAAACCUUUAUGAAACGCUGCUUUAGGGACAAUGAUGGGAAGUACUUGACAUCUUUAGAGGAAGCCAUCAAUCAUGAGUUUGAUAGAUAUCUCUUGGACAAUGAGAUGGCUUCUGAGGGAAAAUGUGAAUGUAUUAUAUCGUGUCUCUCUGAACAAAUGACUGAAAGAAUCACUGAAGGAUACUUUGCAAGACCAGGAGGUUAUGAUCUCUUCUGUCGGGACCUGGAGGACAUUGUGAUUCAGUACAACACACAGGCCAAUAAAGAAGUCAAGAGUGCUGAGGUGUUGGAGAAGUUUUUACAUGAAAAGGCGGCCAUUACAACAUCCAUCCUGCAGGCUGAUAAUAAACUAACUGAAAAUGAAAGAAGGAUUUGUGAGGAGAGAGAGAGGGCAGUCCUUCUGGAACAAGAAAUUAAGGCCCAGGAAGAGAAGCAACGUCAUCUGGAGGAGAAGAUGGAAAUUGAACGACAGAAUAAUGAAGAGAGAAUGAGACAGGUCAUACAGAUGAUGGAAGAUGAGAUGUUUCUCCAAAAACAAGAGACGGAGCGUGCGAUGGAGAGCAAGUUAAGAGAAAAGGCCGCCCUGAUGGAGAAAGGCUUUCAGGAGAAAGCAGAUAAGAUGGCUCGGGAGAUUGACGAGUUGAGGAGGAAGAAUGCUGAGGCAGUGGCGGGAACCUCGAGAAGUUAUUCACAGAUGAUAGAAAAUCAGCAGCGAAGACAUGACCAGAACAUGGAGGCGUUGAGGCAGCAGCAUAGACAGCAGAUGGAACAAAUUAACAGGAGACCCAGAUGUUCAACUCCACGCUGUUCUAUACAAUAAAAUGUGUUUAGAGAUUGCACAAACAAUAGUUUAUCGGUUAAUCCCACAUUCCAAGAGUCCUGACUGUUAUCAACUAAAUAUUUAGUGACAGUCACUCAUCAGCAAAAUGCACAGCAUAUUAGUAUGUAGCAUAUAUGAAGCAGUUAUCACCAACCUGUGUAAUGUCCAGUCCAGUCUCACGAAAUUUCGUUAUAUACUACAUAUAAAAAAAGCACCAAAUCUAACCCUAAACCGAAGCGACAAUGGUUUAAAAAAAGGAAAAAACAGUCGAGUAACCAAUACGUGAUAAUCACACGAAAACAGGAAUUCGUUAUACGAUUAGGAAAAAACAUGAAUUUUCGUGAUAAUAGCACGAAAAAAGAAUAAAAAAAAAAUACGUCACUAUAUCACGAAACUUUGUGAGACUGGGUAGCAAUGUCACUGCUUGUUUACAAAUAUGUUAAUUUAAUUUAGAAACUGCUAAAGGAAAAUGUAGUAACAGCAAAAGCUUCAGUGGAUAAACAUAAAAGUUAAAGGAUUACUUCACUUUCAUAAAAAAAUUCUGAUAAUUUUGAGAAAUGUUUGUAACCACCAAACCAUUUACAGACCCCAAUUUACUUUCAUAGCAAUUGGGUCCACGAACGGUUUGGUUACAAAAAUUUCAGACUUUAGUAUGAAUGAAGGAAUGAUGUUUGCUUGUUUAGGUCAAUUUUAACAUCUGACCAAAGCAUUUGAUGUAAUUCAGAUACAGUUAGUUCAAAUAAAAGGCCUUAAGCACA